UUUCUUUUUAUUUUUUCACUAACAAAGACGCGAGUUUGCUUUAGCUUAUCCCUCUUUCUUGCUCCUUCCUUCUUAUACUGGGGAGGUGAGCCACAUCCAACUCUUUUUUCCCUCUUUUUCUCUCUCCUCCUCUCCCUAACCCGUCUCUUUCUUCAUCCUACGUUUAUUCCCAGGAUUUCGUGCAAAAAGUAAUCUUUGGGGAUGGAAAAUGGGGUGGGAGCUGUUCAUGGGCCUAAGGAUUCUGGAGGGUCAGAGAUAUUUGAGGAGGCAGUUGAGUCGGCUUUAGAUAAUGAGAAUGAUGGAUUGAUACCGGAUUCAGAUGAUGUUGGUGUUCGUAGUAUUGCUAUUGGGGAGAGUGAUGCAGAUUUUGCUGCUGCCGAGGGGAGUCCGAGACCGCUAGACGAAGUGGAGAAGACUGAAAUUGCAGUAGAGGGAUCCAGUGAGGAGAGAGAUGACAAUGGCGCGAGUGUGGAGAAGACUGAAAUUCCAGUUGAGGGGUCCAGUGAAGGUAGAGAUGACAAUGGCGUGAGUAGUGUGGAGAAGACUGAAAUUGCAAUGGAGGGGUCCAGUGAAAGGAGAGAUGACAAUGGCGAGAGUAGUGUGGAGAAGACUGAAAUUGCAUUGGAGGGAUCCAGUGAAAGGAAAGAUGACAAUGGCGAGAGUAGUGUGGAGAAGACUGAAAUUGCAUUGGAGGGGUCCAGUGAGGGGAGAGAUGUCAAUGGUGAGAGUGUAGAGACGAGGGAUGAAUCAUCGGUGGGAAAUAGUGGUGAGGGCUCUGUGACAAUUGAGAAUAAUGAUGGUGGUGUAACGAAUGAGGAGUUAUCAAAUGUUGAUGAGAGGGUUCUUAGUCAAGAUGUCGCUGUAACGAAAGAGUCUUCAAGCGAAGAAUCUGAAGCUUCACCAUUAAAUAUUAAGGAGAUUGAAGCUAUUGAAGGUGACGAGGACACUGUUGAGAAAUCUGUUGUCUUGGAGAUAUCAGAGAGCAAAGAUGUUGGGACAAUUGGUCAAGAUGGUGCUCAUGCUAAUCUAGCUGAGGAUGUGAAAGAUGUAAUAACCAAUGGGGAUGUCGAACAUGUGAAUGAAGAAACGGUGAGGGAACUUAAGGAUGCUUUGGCUGACAAAUCUUCCGAGAGUCAAAAGGAGAAGCCUGAAGAAAUCAAAGAAACUUUAAGUGAGAAUUUAAUACAUGAAGACAGCGAAGCUGUUUUGUCAAGAGUUAGCCCUGACAUUAAGGAGAGUGUUGAAGUUAUGCAUGAGAAGGUUUUGGGUGAGACCGAUUCACAGAUUCAUGAUUGUAAUAAGGAUUCUGAUACUAGGGUUUUGGCCCCUGAACAUCAUAAUGAAGGUCCAAAGGCCGAAGGCAGGUCCUCAGAUGAUAGUUCGAUAUCAUCUUCUUUGCAGGAUGCCAAAACUAAGAGUGUUGCUUCUGAUUUGGGAGCAUCGACUAAUGGCACUAUUCAGAUGCAGUCUCCUGAUACUGUUGCUCGUGAUAGCCAGGCCUUGGCUGUGGGGGCUGCUUCUGAAAAAACAAAGACUGAGGACAGAAAAAACAGUCAAGCAAAGGAGACAACAGUUAAGCCUGUAGAAACAUCUGCUGCUGCAUCUGAAAAGUCAGCAAAUUCCGUUCUUCCUGCUCAUCCUGCUGGACUUGGACAUGCUGCACCACUAUUGGAGCCUGCGCCUAGAGCAGUCCAUCAACCUCGGGCCAAUGGGCAAGUUUCUCAGGCACAGACCCAUAUUGUUGAUGACACCACAAAUGGGGAGGUUGAGGAAGGCGAUGAGAUCCGGGAGAAACUCCAGAUGAUAAGAGUGAAGUUCUUGCGUCUCGCUCAUAGGCUUGGGCAAACUCCACAUAAUGUUGUUGUUGCUCAAGUAUUAUACAGAUUAGGGUUAGCAGAACAGCUUAGAGCAAGAACUGGGGGACGUGUUGGUGCCUUCAGCUUUGAUCGUGCCAGUGCCAUGGCGGAGCAACUGGAGGCUGCUGGGCAAGAGCCCCUUGAUUUUACUUGUACUAUUAUGGUUCUUGGGAAGGCAGGAGUUGGCAAAAGUGCGACCAUCAAUUCCAUAUUUGACGAGGUGAAGUUUGGCACUGAUGCUUUUCAAAUGGGUACGACAAAGGUUCAGGACGUUGUGGGUACUGUGCAAGGGAUCAAGGUGCGGGUCAUCGAUACACCUGGACUCUUAUCAUCCUGUUCUGAUCAACAUAAGAAUGAGAAGAUCCUUCACUCUGUGAAGCGUUUCAUUAAAAAAUCUCCUCCUGAUAUUGUCUUGUACCUUGAUAGGCUGGAUAUGCCAAGCAGGGACUUUGGUGACAUGCCACUUUUGAGGACAAUUACUGACAUAUUUGGACCCUCAAUCUGGUUUAAUGCAAUAGUUGUCUUGACUCAUGCAGCAUCAGCUCCUCCUGAAGGUCCCAAUGGCACUCCUUCAACAUAUGAUAUGUUUGUCACUCAACGUUCACAUGCUGUACAACAAGUUAUUCGCCAAGCUGCUGGGGAUAUGCGGCUUAUGAACCCUGUUGCAUUGGUUGAGAACCAUUCUGCUUGCAGAACAAAUAGGGCUGGCCAGAGAGUUUUGCCAAAUGGUCAGGUUUGGAAGCCUCAUUUGUUGUUGCUGUCAUUUGCCUCCAAGAUAUUGGCGGAAGCAAACAUACUUUUGAAGUUGCAAGAUACCCCACCAGGGAAACCAUUCACUACCCGUUCACGAGCACCACCUUUGCCUUACCUUCUCUCUACACUUCUGCAAUCAAGGCCUCAAUUGAAACUUCCUGAGGAGCAGUUUGGUGAUGAUGAUGCUAUGGAUGAUGAUUUGUGUGAAUCGUCUGAGUCUGAUGAAGAGUCAGAAUAUGAUGAGCUGCCUCCAUUUAAGCCUUUAACUAAGGCCCAGCUGGAUAAGCUGCCUAAAGCCCAGAAGAAAGCUUACUAUGAUGAGCUAGAAUAUAGAGAGAAGCUUUUUAUGAAAAAACAGUUGAAAGAAGAUAGAAGGCGACGGAAGAUGAUGAAGAAAAUGGCAGCCGCAGCCAAGGACAUGCCUAGUGAGUACAGUGAAAAUGUUGAAGAAGAAUCUGGUGCUGCUGCAUCACUACCUGUACCAAUGCCUGAUCUGGCAUUACCUGCUUCCUUUGACUCAGAUAAUCCAACUCAUAGAUACCGUUAUCUGGACACUUCUAAUCAAUGGCUUGUGAGGCCGGUUCUUGAUAAUCAUGGUUGGGAUCACGAUGUAGGCUAUGAAGGUAUAAACUUAGAACGUAUGUUUGUAGUCAAAGACAAGGUUCCCUUGUCCUUCUCUGGUCAGGUCUCAAAAGAUAAGAAAGAAGCCAAUCUUCAGAUGGAAGUAGCCAGCUCCAUAAAGCAUGGGGAAGGAAAAGCUACAACUUUGGGUUUUGACAUGCAGAGUGCUGGGAAAGAUUUGGUCUACACAUUACGCAGUGAAACGAGAUUCUGCAACUAUAUGCGGAAUAAGGCAACAGCAGGUCUCUCUGCUACUUUGAUGGGUGAUGUAGUGUCAGCUGGAGUGAAGCUGGAAGACAAGUUAAUCAUUAACAAGCAACUGAGGAUGGUAUUGAGUGGUGGUGCUAUGGCAGGUCGUGGAGACGUUGCUUAUGGAGGAAGUUUGGAGGCCACUUUUAGGGACAAAGACUAUCCUGUGGGCCGUUUCCUUUCAACUCUUGGGCUGUCGGUGAUGGAUUGGCAUGGGGAACUCGCUCUUGGUUGUAAUAUAAAUACUCAGAUCCCGCUGGGCCGGUCUACUAAUUUAAUUGCCCGGGCAAAUUUGAACAACCGUGGAUCUGGGCAAGUUAGUCUUCGCUUGAACAGCGCAGAACAGCUGCAGUUGGCUCUUAUCGGUUUCCUUCCUCUCCUCAGAAAGCUUAUGGGCCAGGGUCAAGACCAUCCUCUUGGCUAUUGAUGAAAAAGUACAUGAUUCAUUCAGCAGGAUAUUCAUUAGGAAGUUCGUUCUAUAUAGUCUUGUCACCAGAAUUUAGCAGAGUGAGUAACCUUUCCUGAUCUUUUUCUUUUUGCUUUUCAUAGCCUUUGUAAUUUUCUUGUUAGAUAUUUGCAUCACCUUUUGGCGUACCACAUUAAAAACUCAAGUUCUUGAUCCAAGAAUUGGUUGUUAAAUUUUGGUUCAGUUUGAAAAUAGUAUUUACUUUCCUCGAGCACGAAAUAUAUGUGCAUUGGGCAGUUUGCUUGCACGUGAAAUAUGAGGUCUUUCCAACUUCCCUUAA